AUCACUGUUACCAUGCCACCAGCAUCAAAUCUCUGCUUUUGAAUAUCUCAGGAAUCUCUCUAUCUUCCCAUCUUUUCACCAUUCAUAAUUCCAGAGAAAGCUCAAAAAGUUGUCUCCUUGAACCAACAAAGCUUCCAAAAAGCAAAAGAGAUUCAAAGCUUCAGCCUUUCCCCUCUUUUUUAUAAAACCCUAAAAUCAUUUUCAUCUUCCUCGUAUAAAGUUACAAACUUUAACCUCGCCGCACGAACCCACUACUCUCUCUCUGUGUAGUCAACAAUGCCAUCAUUGUUCAAGCUCCUCAUUUUGUUCUUUCUGUCAACCCUCAACGUCUCCCUCGCCGGUUUACUGGCCGAGCCGGUUACCGGUCAUGGCCAGCCUCUGAAACCAGGCGAGUACUCCAGCCCAAACACAGUCCCGGCCUACCCGGUCCAAACCCAGGCCCAGACCUGCCGCCUCGACCUCUCCGCCGAGCUUUUCGGCGGCGUCAACGAGGCCUGCGGCCGAGACCUCGACCGCAGCCGAUGCUGCCCCGUCUUAGCCGCCUGGCUCUUCGCCGCCCACGCCAGGUCAGCUCUCGAGAUCUCCUCCGCUCCGGAACCUUCCGCCGUCGGCGACCAGCCCAUGAUGCCGGACGACUCGCAGAAAUGCGUCAACUCUCUCCAGACAUCUCUCCUCAGCCGGAACAUCCGGAUCCCACAGCCGAACGCCACGUGUGACGCCAUUCUCUGCUUCUGUGGGAUCCGGCUACACCAGAUCAGCUCCCUCAGCUGCCCGGCGGCGUUCAACGUCACCGGGUUCCACAACGCCACCCCCACCGCCGCGGUCAAGAACCUCGAAAAGAACUGCCGUAACUCUUCCUACACUGGCUGCACCAAAUGCCUAGGUGCUCUCCAGAAGCUGAAGGGCGGGACGACGUCGGGGAAGAACGGAACGACGACGAGGGACAAGAGCACGAGCGAGAGGGCGAGCAAGAUGUUCAACCGGGACUGCCAGCUCAUGGGGCUGACGUGGCUGCUGGCGAAGAACAAGACGGCCUACAUUCCCACCGUCUCCGCCGUGCUGCGCGCCAUAAUGUACAGCGCACACCCGCCGCACGAGUCCACGUGUAGCCCCGACCAGGAGAACAUGCCUUUGGCCGUUGAUUCCUUGCAGUUCGAGACGUCUUCAUCGUCGGCGACCCAAACUCCGGUGUCAGUUUUUGUGUUUCCGGUUGUGCCCCUAAUCAUGUUUUUGGUUUCUCUGUUUGUUUAGGGGAAUCAGAGCCAGAGGUCACUCUGGGUUUCUUCGACAUUUUUUGGGUAGUCCCUGUCGGGUGUUCACGUGAAGCUAGUAGACAAAACGGGCAAUCGGGUCGUUUUUGUCAUUUUGCCCUACCCCCACUGUAAAUUUUCAGCUCGUUGUUUAGUACUACUGCAACAGGGAAGAGAUCUUUUUAUUUCACUCAUUGAAGCUUUCGUUUUUGGCAAAACCCAGAAGAUUAUUUACUUCAUUCAUGGUGGUUAGGAUUUUGUGGAGUUGCAUUUAUGAUAAAUCAUUAGGAAUUAAGAACCCAAUGGCAUUUAUAUCACAUUCUUGAGGUUGGGUGGCGUCUAAUUCCCAGGAGGAAGGAGAUUGGGUAUGUUGGUCACGUAGUAAAUGCAGAUUCUAGGACCAAGAAGAUGCUCAAAAUUUGGGAUUAUAAUAACCAAAGAGGUUGUUUUUUAUGAACUAAGUUUUGGAUUAAUGUAAUUU